GACUUGCAUAGUCUGAUGCCGACGCUGCUACGGCAUGCCUGCAGCGAAUCGUGCUACAAAUAUUCUGAUGCGAGCUCCGUGCGCUUCAAGAUCUGCAGGCAUGGCUUCUACCACGUGGUGAAUGUCUUCGAAGGUUGUCGUGUGCGACGCAAGGGCAAGGCAUUGCGUCCAAGCAUUCACAUUGGAUCAGAAGCAGAAGCUGAUUACGGCAUGCAAGGUCGCAUGCGCCCUAUUCAGCUGACGCCUUUCGAGUGUCAGACUUGUUAUGGCGGCUUGGUCGCCGGGCGUCACAACUUGGAUUUGCAAGAUAUGAGGCGUGUGCUUGAUCCUGCACUGUGGUUAGAUUCCGACGAGCAUUUGCCCCAUGUUGGCUUCACUGAUUCCUUGGGUUACAUGGCUUGGUAUGAAUGGAAUGGCAAAGCUUAUGAGGUUCGUUCUGACGCGCCGACUACUGCAGUGUCAUGGUUAAGUCGCAGAGAUUGGGCGCCAGACUUUCGAUCUGCUUGGCUGACGGCUCAUCAACAAUUCAUGGAGAAAGAAGGCGAGCCUGUCACCAGCGACGCACAAGAUGAGGACGCGCCAAUGCCGCCAGCAGAAGAGCAAGAACAAGAUGUGCGCAUGGCAAACGCGGAAGACACAGACGAUGCCACCGCUGAACUCACACGAGCCAUCCGCUGCGGCAUCAGUGAAGCAUUCUGUGAUGGCAUCAACAGCGGCUUCUACAUCAACAGCUAUACCACCAAGCCUGGACCUGGUUUAGCUGGUAUGUUGGAAGAGCUCCAAAAAGGCAUUGAGCGAUUGGAGAAUGAACGGCAGGAGCGCGAACAAGACCGUGAGAAGCAGGCAGAAGCUGCGCGCGCGGCUGGCGAGCAUGUUGCAGGCAGACGUGGUGUGCUUUUUGCCGAAACAUUGAAGACAUUGUCUCGCCUGUCGUCUUCCUAUCGUCGAUGUCAUUGGAAAAGUGCCAGUGAACUCAUCUUCCCUUUGUUGUUUCAGCACAUGACCUUUGCGUCGCAUCGCACCUGGAAGCUAUAUGUGAAAAAGGCAAUUUUUUUCGCUGUGGAAGCUUGGAGGCAGCAGUAUGGCGAGAGUGUUUUGCGACCGAAGGAGAAUCUGGAUGUUGCUUCUGAUCCAGUGGUGUUUCGUCGCGAUGGCCUUGAUCCAGUGACCUUGGUUGGUUGGAAGCAGGUUGCACGCGUAGACCAAGAAACUGGUGAGAGUGUCUAUGUUUAUGUUGGUCCUCAUGGGCAAAAUUGUGCUGAUUUGGACGAAGCAUUUGCUGUGUACGAUUCAUCGGUUGAUUUGGACAGAGGUGGUCCAGGGAAAAAGGCCCAACAAAAAUUGACAUUCACAGAAGAACUGUUAAAGAUUCACCAGGUGACAGAAACCGUGGCACGAGACGACACUGAAUCGGGUGAGGCCACCAACUUGAGAGCUUUGCAAGCUACUGGAGAAGAUGUUGCUGUUCUUGAGGGAUCAUCUUUGUUGAAGUCGUCGAGGCCGUUGGCAGUGACUACAAGCAGUCUGGAGGAUUAUCUGUUUCGUGGGUCACAUCCUUUGCUUGCAGGAUUGAGUUGGUCAACGUACGGUAUGUGGGUCUAUCGCAUUGAGCUGCCGCCGCGCGCAGAGCGGUCGGUUCGAGCAGCCAUACCUCGUUACGUUGAUGUGUACUUCGAUCCGGCAUACAAGUUGUACCAGACUCAUGCUCAACGCAUCAGCACAGAGCCUCGUGUUCCUAUGUUUGAAGGCUUCACAAUGCCUCCGUUGACUUUGGACUCUGAGCGCAACGCUAUGUACAAACAGGUGCAAUGUCGUCCUACUGCAAUCUUUGCCGACGAGAACGUCGAGCAGGAUGCAGAGACAUUGGUGUUGGAAGCUUUCAAGCAGUAUUCCACACCAAAAAAACGCGUCCCUGGAGAGGAUAUGUCGGAAACGGCUGCAGUUGCGUUCACUAGAUCAUUGCUUGAAUGGCAGGAUGACAUGAAACGAGAAGCAACGAUCGCCAGAUACCGCUUUGCUGCCCGUCAACAAUAUCCGUCUUUAUGGGAGACAGCUGAAAUGGUUGCUUUGCUGGAAGAGAAGUUGAGUUUGGCGACAGGCACCACAGUGACAACUCCAGACACAGACCCUGAUCGGUUGAAGCCACGGUGCACUGCAGCACAAUAUUCUUCUAUGUUGGCCGAAAGUCGUAUUGCGCAUCUGGAGGGAUUGGCGCGAGCCAGGCAACAGAAACCGAAGCGGCGCCGCGACACGGAUGCGCGGCUCUAUGAAGAGUACGUGAAGAUCACCACGGCUGGAGAGAAGGACGACGAUGAGGCUGCUGACAAUCCAGAGGAAGAGAUGGAAGUUAGUGUUGCGACAAAGCCAUCGGAAGUCUUUCAACCCAUCGUGUUCCAAGCGAACGCAGAAGAGCAGAAGAAACUGUUGCUGUUCGAAUGCCAAGGGCGACACAAUCAGUACACAAAAGAUUUUCUGGAGGAGGCGUGGAUCAAGAAUGAUUUGUUCGAAGCGGCUGCUAAGUGGAAGAGCUGCAGCAAACACGACCUGCAUGCCGUGUUUCAUGCAUUGAACAGCUUGUCACCAGACCGAAGAGCAGACGUCUUGGAUGGACCACGUACCGGAGCAGUCGCAGAAGAGGAAGCAGCGCCCAUGGACACGGGCGAGGACGACCGCCACGUCUUUUUGAAGAAAUGUUUACCUCGACUGCCUGCUGAUUGUGUUCGCUUCAGCCAGCAACGGGUUUACAGCAAGCCUUCUGACUUAGUGAAAGCUAUGAUUCAAGCAUUACCCGCCAACAGGCGCUUGAACGAGGACCAGGAAAUUUUCAUGAUGCGCUUUGCCGAGGUGCUCGACGUUGUCUACGAGCAAGAAGUCGCGGAGCAGCCGCCCGACAAGCGACAUGUCUACCACAUGCUCCUUCUGGGUCAAGGCGGCUCUGGCAAGACGCACAUCGUGCAGAAUAUCAUUUUUCCAGUGGUCCAUUUCAUUUGGCCAGCAGACAAUGAGGCAGAGACCCUGAUGGUUGUGGCCGCCAAGAAUGCGCAAGCCAAAAACAUCUCCACAGAGCAGGUGCGGGCAAGGACAUUACACGGAGCCGCGCUGCUCGGUGUCCAGUCCCUGACCAACAGCAACAUGGCGGCCGGCUCCAAGGAAAACGCGCUACAAAAACUCUGGGGCUCGGUUCGCGUGUUGGUCGUGGAGGAGAUCAGCAUGGUAUCUGCUUUGUUGUACAACAUGUUGGACUAUCGAGCGAUGCUGGGUCGUCGUGUCGUUUUCAAAGUGGACCGACACACCUACACAAAAACUGGUUGUGCUUUUGGUCGGGUGCCGAUUGUUCUGCACCUUGGUGAUUUCUUUCAGCUUCGUCCGACUGCGCAGUUGUCGUUGCUGGACGACUUGGAAGCGAAGGACGACGAUGGGAAUUAUGUCUAUCAGGACGUGCCAGCAGAGGUGCAGCACGCACAGCAACUUUUUGGCUCGAUUCCAGAUGUUUUCGAGCUCCGUGGCACAAUGCGAUUCAAACCUGGUGACCCUUUGAUUGACAUUUUGCAGCACAUGCGGUCUGGCAAACGCUUUCCCGAUUCGUUGUGGGCAAGGUUGCAGGAAAGGUUUACGGUAGAUGUUUCUCCUGGUGUGCAAGAUGCACGGUUCGACGAAGCCAAGUUUCGCGAAGGAUACGGCAUGUCGAUUUACUGGGCCUCUCUGGGUCGCAUGAUGUGCCGCAGAGCGCUUAUGGAUGCUGUCCGCCUGGCACAUCCAUUAGUUUUGCUUCAGGCAGCUGAUGUGUGCAGUGACCUGGACAAGGAGACUGCUUUCCGCUUCUUGAACCGUCCGAAUCCCUACCGCACUGGUCAUAUGCAUGGAAUCUUUCCCUGUCAUGUCGGCAUGCAGGUGCGACUUAUCGCGAAGUUGGCUGCUGACAAAGGAAUGAUUCAAGACACCGUUGGCACCAUCAUGGAUUUUGAGUUUCACAGCCAAGAUCGCCGACGCUAUUCGCACUGCGCUGGUGGAGAUCUGUUUUCGCCACGGUAUUUGCCGUCAGGCAUUUGGCUGUCCAUUGAUGGUUUCCAGGGAUGUUCUGACUGGAUGAAUUUGAUGGACUUAUGCCGGCAACAUGUCCCAGAUGAUGCAACGGCCGAAAAGUUGGCUCGCAGCUUUUGGUUUUUGCCUGCGGAAGAAAUUGUCGUGAAAUUCUCCAGCACGCAGAAUUACCAGGUGCGCCGCUGUGGAUUCAGGAUGACGCACGCAAACUUCUUUACAAGCACAGGGUCGCAGGGUUUGACUUUGCGGAAAGGCACAGUGGUUGAUUGUGCGCGUUUGCCAGAGAUGGACGACGACAAUUGGUGGCUCCAUCUUUACGUCAUGUUCAGCCGCGUGACGGCUUUGGGUGAUUUAUUAUUGCUACGUCCACCGCCACGGGAUGUUCUCGAACGUGGGCCACCAGCAGCGAUCGCUGAGAAAGUUGCCGCAUUUCAGAAGCGAGCAGAAGAAUGUCGACAAGGGACAUUUUCUAAGUGCCAACGUCGCACUGAACCAUAG